CGGACAAGCCAUUGCCAUAAAGCUCUCCAAACAGAUCUCUCGAGCCUCAGAGCAAUUGAAAAAAGCUAUGCAGAGUUACAAUUGUUUGGCUGAGUGCCUUACUUUCGACCAAGUCAAAGGCCCCUGUGGCACCCUAUAUUUUUCUUGUCCAGCCCCUGUCUUCACUGGUAGUGCUGCAGUACCCGAGUCGACAAAAAAACAAAUGGUCAACCUUGUGUGUUUAAAGGAAAGAUGCAAAGAGGAAACUCAAUUGAUCAAAAAWRAGAURGUCCAGCUMCUGUCAUUUUAUUUACAUCAAAUGAAUGUCAUCCAAGGACAUAUUGAAUCAUUAUCUGACACAGGUUUUGAUUCAGGUCUAAAAGCUGUUCUGGGCCAAAAGAAACUGGUUUUGCAAACCAUAUGUUCAAAUUUGCAGGAGUUGUGGGGAGGUUUGAAAGUAAUACCRUACAACUUUGACAGACCAAUCACAUGGCUGUCAAGCUCCAAUUUUCAAGUGUCAGAAUUUCCCGACAAUAUUAAUCAAACGUCAGAGGCSAAAGAUGAAACAAGCAAUGGUAACGASCUAUACCCCGAGAACGAAACAGCUGAUGACGAUUGGUAUACAGACAGCGACAACAAUGAGGAUUGGUUGUCAGAGAGCGACAACAAUGAAGAUUGGUUGUCUGAGAGUGACAUCCCUAUGAGUUAAUGCUUGUUGUUCAAUGUAAAAUAUAACCAUAGCUUGCUGAGAUUCAUAAGUUUAAAUUUAAAGUUAUAAGGCAACACAUUAAGAACUUUUUAUGAUUUCUCUCAUGAAUGCCUCACUGCAAGACAAUGGACAUUGAUUACUACCUAUACAUGUACAUAAACAUUAAUUGUAACUUGUACUAUCAUGACAUUGAGAUGUAUUAGUGAUUAAUGGCCCCGAAGCCAAGAUAUCAGUUCCGCGUCGGUCCAUAUUCUAUCAGCACACUUGUUUUUCUAUCCACCUAAAACUUAAUUUGGCCUGUCAACAUUUUUCCUUUGAAUUACCGCACUUCUGGGUGAUUUGAGAAAAUGCGACUAGCCAAUCAGCGCAAA